UCAAUCCACGAGGGUUCUCUCUUGUGAGUAAGUCGAGGAAGUUUAGCUUCUCGCUUUCGAAGAAGAUGCGUGUGGUUGCACCAUUUCUUUGGGCGGUGGUAGGGACGGUGUGGGCACUGGAGGAGGGCAAUGUGGGCAGCCUUUACGAUCAGCACUUUCCUCCUCUUCAUGCUAAUUGUACCCAGAGUCUCAUAGACCUUCUCUUGAUGCGCCAAGAAGUCCAGCUGAAAGAACUGAAGGAGGAGGAGAAAGUGUCUUCAGGGAUCUUGAGGGAGAUGGCGGACAUCCUGACUGACAUCAGAGGCUCCUUAACACUGAUCAGCACGUCUUCAGAAGCACCUUGCCCAGGCAACUUCAUUAAAUUUGGCGAAACUUGUUUAUAUCUUGCGAGAGACACCUCCGUAACUUGGGAAGCUGCUCGAGACUACUGCCAUGGCUUGGGAGGAGACUUGGCCGUGUUCCGAGACGCCAAUGCAUUCGCAGAGGCUCUUAAUUACGCCAAAGGUUCAGGACUGCCGAAUCCCGCACAUAUUUGGGUGGGCGGAAGCGACAUCUCACUUGAGGGGGAAUGGAAGUGGAUCUCCGGGGAAGACAUGCCAAGAGGAACGCCCUUUUGGGGAGGCUAUAAUUACGUUCGCGAACCAGCUGGCGGUUUACGGGAGAACUGUGCCAACCUUUUUAGCGGGGAUGGCUUCUUAAUUCAUGAUGUUUCUUGUGCCUCGAAGUAUAUUCCUCUCUGUCAAAUCAAGAACACUUAAACAAGGCGGUAUAAGCCUUUAAGUCAAAUUAGGGAAGUGUAAACACUCUGUCAAAUAAAGAGUAUUAAAUAAGGAA